GAAGACAAUGAAACAUUACUUGUUCACCGUAUUAGUUCAGAUGAUAUUUACCGAAAACAAGAAGAUACAAUUAUCUCAUGGAGAGAUCCAAAGUUUUCAACUGAAUUAGCUCUUAGCUUUCAGGAGACUACAGGGUGCUCAUACAUAUGGGAUAACAUUUGUAGUGUGCAAAGAAAUAUGCAUUUUAAUACUCUUAACAGUAAGUAUUAGCUAUGAUCCAUAUGCAUUUUAAUACUCUUAACAAUGAGACUUAUCAUAGUGUCAACAGUGAAUUGAGGGAGUUGCCUGCCGUUGAGCUAUCUACACUUCCUAUAAUACUGAAGCGUGUCAAAGUCUACCGUCUGAGUGGUGAUGGGAAGUGGGAUGACCAAGGAACUGGGCAUGUUACUGUUGAUUAUUUGGAGAGAGCAGAAGAACUGAGUUUGUUUGUCAUUGAUGAAGAAGACAAUGAAACAUUACUUGUUCACCGUAUUAGUUCAGAUGAUAUUUACCGAAAACAAGAAGAUACAAUUAUCUCAUGGAGAGAUCCAGAGUUUUCAACUGAAUUAGCUCUUAGCUUUCAGGAGACUACAGGGUGCUCAUACAUAUGGGAUAACAUUUGUAGUGUGCAAAGAAACAUGCAUUUUAAUACUCUUAACAAUGAGACUUAUCAUAGUGUCAACAGUGAAUUGAGGGAGUUGCCUGCCGUUGAGCUAUCUACACUUCCUAUAAUACUGAAGACUGUGGUUGAGAGUGGCAUUGCUGAUCAGAUGCGUGUAACAGAACUCAUAUUACAUGAUCAAGAUUUUUUCCGUAAACUGAUGGACCUUUUUAGAAUCUGCGAAGACUUGGACGAUAUUGAUGGUCUUCACAUGAUAUUCAAAAUUGUCAGAGGGAUCAUUUUAUUCAAUAGUCCUCAGAUCUUUGAGACAAUAUUUGCAGAUGAAUUGGUCAUGGAUACUAUUGGGUCUCUUGAACAUGAUCCAGAUAUACCUCAUGUUCAACGUCAUCGCAGUUUUUUAAAAGAGCAUGUGGUCUUUAAGGAGGCCAUACCAAUUAAAGAUCCGCAGGUCCUGUCGAAGAUACACCAAACAUAUAGAGUUGGCUAUUUGAAGGAUGUCAUUUUGCCUAGAGUGCUGGAUGACGCAACUCUUGCAAAUCUCAAUUCCAUAAUUCAUUCAAAUAAUGCCAUGGUUGUUUCUUGGUUAAAAGAUGACAACACCUUUAUUCAAGAAUUGUUUGCAAGGUUGAGGUUGUCUACCACUUCUGCAGAGUCAAAGAAAAAUUUGAUACUUUUCUUGCAUGAGUUUUGUAGUCUAACCAAGAGCUUGCAGAUGAUCCAACAACAACGGUUAUUUAGGGAUCUAGUUAAUGAAGGCUUAUUUGAUAUCAUGGUUGAUGUCUUGCAGAGUCAAGAUAAAAAGCUUGUAUUAAUUGGGACAGACAUUCUUAUUCUCUUCCUUAAUCAGGAUCCAAAUCUUUUGCGUUCUUAUGUCACUAGGCAGGAAGGGGUCACCCUGUUUGGACUUCUGGUUAAAGGCAUGAUAACAGAUUUUGGGGAUGACAUGCAUUGCCAAUUUCUUGAAAUUCUUCGAAACCUUUUGGAUUCUUAUACAUCAGGAUCACAGAGAGAUACUAUCAUUGAGAUUUUCUAUGAGAAGCACUUGGGUCAAUUAAUUGAUGUUAUAACAUCAUCUUGCCCUCCUAACAGCAUUGAUCAAUCAGUCAGCAAAUCUGUGGGCUUUGGAAGUGCUGAAAAUGAAAUCCGAGCAAAGCCAGAAAUACUCUUGAACAUAUGUGAACUGCUGUGCUUUUGUGUUUUGCACCAUCCAUGCAGAAUAAAGUGCAACUUUCUUCUUCAUAAUGUGCUAGAUAAAGUUUUGUUCCUGACUCAUAGGAAGGAAAAAUACCUUGUACUUGCUGCUGUUCGUUUUUUUCGGACCCUUAUUUCCCGUAGUGAUGAGCAUCUGAUGAAUCAUAUUGUGAAGAACAACCUUUUGAAACCAAUUGUACAGGCUUUUAUUUGUAAUGGGAAUCGUUAUAACCUGUUGAACUCUGCUGUUCUAGAACUCUUCGAGUACCUCUGCAAGGAGAACUUGAAGGUACUACUCAAGUAUGUAGUUGAUUCAUUCUGGAAUCAGUUGAUUAAUUUUGAGAAUUUAACCGCCAUUCAUGGUCUGAAAGUUAAAUAUGAGCAGUCCCUGGACAACCCUGGAAUGAAGAACUCCGUUAAUUUAUUGGACACCAGAAAACGAAGAGAUGAGCGUGCCCUGGAUAAAGAAGAGGAAGACUACUUCAACGAGGACAGCGACGAAGAAGAUUCAGCGUCCGCAUCCAUUUCACAUUCCCCUAGAGUACAACCUCAGCCUGUUUUAUCCAAUGGAUCCACUGCAAACUACCCAUCAUUAAGUAGUCCAAGAUCUAGUGGACUAGUUGAUUAUGAGGAUGAUGAGGAUGAUGAAGACUACAAGUCACCACCGCGGAAGCAAUCAGAAAUUUCUGAUGGAGAUGAGGGAACAGUCGAGUCCUUUAAGCUGAAAAGGAAGUUGGCUCUGAAGGACGAGCCUGGGCUAAUAAAAAAGCAACGGAUAGGUAAAAACCCGAAGUCCAAAGAUAGUGUAUUUGCUGCCUUGUGCUCAACUCUAAGUCAAGCGGUAUUACCCAGUAAAAAAGCAGCAAGCACCGUGCAGAUUGUUCCUUCCUCUCCAGACUCCAAGAAUAUCCCAGACGAAGAGAAUAACCCAGAUAAGGGAUCCAUAAGCUGUUUGGGUAAGUGUAGGAGUUCAGAUGAGGAGAGCUAUACAGAUAAAGAAUCAACCGGUCCUAGAAGCUGUUCUGAUAGCUUGCACAGUACUACUACAGACAAUAGAUUGUUGAGCGGAGAGGACUGCCCAUUAAUACCACCGAACUCCUCACCAGAAAUGGCUGUUAGCGGGUCUUAAUUUAUGUUCCAGAAGCAUAUUUCGACAUGGAAGUUAUCCAGCCCUGUGCUUUACAUUCAAAAGUGAAAUCAGAAACUGACUAAAUGAAUACGACUGGGUUGGGAGAGGGACGCCGUACAGUGCCAUCAAAAGGGCGGCAAGAAAUUCGUAUUUUCUUAUUGUAGGCAGACUUCCCUUCCCGCUUCAUUUUAAGUCUUUUCUGAUGCUUUUGAGCCGAGUAAUUUGUUGCUUUUGUAAAACAUUCUUUUAGCAUUUAAUUUUGGUUUUCCUAAUUUUCCUUUCUCUCUCUCUUUUUUUUAGUCAUUUUUGGGUUUUGUCUCCUUUGUGCUUCUGCGCCCCCUUUCAUAUAUAGAUAGGUAUAUGUGAAUUAUAUAUAUGUGGGAUAGAUAGGGCACCAAUAUUGCCCUGUAUAGUUAAUUUCCUUUCAUUUUGCUCUCCU